AUGGCCAUCCGAUUUGAUGGAGGGCCCAUCAUCAAUGUGAAUGCUCCUCUGAACGGGUCUAUCAUUAUUCAGGCAGGAGGCCACAUGGCUGCAAAUGUUGAAUACAGCAUGCCGCCGUGGCCUCCACAUAGCCAACAGUACACACAAUGGGUAUAUUCUCAAAAUGAAACUCCGCAAGAAAUACAGCAGCAGGCUUACCAUUGUCAACAGGGGCCUCAGCAAAUGCAACAACCACCGCUGCAUCCCGGAUUCGUCCCAUAUCCUCCCGGAGCGUGCUACAUACCAGCCCAGCAUCCACACCAGCAAACAUACGGCCCAUACCAUCCUCCGUAUAGGGUACAAAAGCCAUGCAAGAAAAAGAGAUUUUCUCAAAAGCAACAUGAUGUCUGGGAGAAUGGAGCUUGGUAUACCAAAAGGGGCCACAAGUGGUUCAAUUACGACCACCAUGAAUACCAAGCCAAACGGACGGAUGCUUGCAUUAUUCCCAAGUAUCGCCAACUUCCUUCGCCGCCUGUGAGCCCUGCAACUACUUUCGCCCACCAAAUGCCUUGGUUCCAGCAAUAUGCUAUUCCUCAAAUGCUACUCGCUCCGUCUGGACCAAACGAGGCUUCCAUGGCUGAAGACGUGCUUUCCCCUGUCGACAUCCUCUCAUGCAGCGGGGCUCAAGAUGGCUCACAUUCCUUUGGCCAGAACACCCUUGCCUCGGAUCAGAUGGCAUUGCCACCAGACACCCUGGAGCAGUCCGAGUCUUCCUUCGAGGAUUUCAAAAUGGAGGACUGCAAUUGUGACUUUACCUGGCUGGAGAGCACGUGGGAGUACUUCACGUGUGACAAAUGUUUGAGCUUCUACCAAGAGCAAGCUCAUUCAUCCAAGACGCCAGAUACUGAGCUCGUCUCUGAGCCAGCCCGAGAGGACAGUACCCCUCCGGCUCCUGUUACCACGCAUAUAGGGACGCCGGAAGAGAUCGCCGACGUACCUUCAGUGAUUGAGGAAGGGUUCUUUGCGGAAGCUUUUGCUUCGGUAGAGGUGCCCAAUAGUCUCGAUAACCUUUAA